UUUCAACCGUCGCGUUCAUCGACCACCACCUCUACCCGAGCUUCUUGCUCCUCCUUCCUUUGCAUCUAUUCAAUCUGCCGUCGAGAUCGACAUCAUGUCUCUUUUUGGUAAUCUUAAUAAUACCACGAAAUCAGAUUAUAAUGGCCUAUUCAGUUCAACUUCGCAGCCUGCGACGACAACAGCUGGAGGUGGACUAUUCGGCGGUCUGAAUACCUCGACCUCGACCUCACAGCCAGCAGGUACUUCAGGGAUGUUUGGAAACUUAGGGUUGGGAGGUAAUACAGAGCCUACGAACACGAAUACUUCGAGUUUCUUUGGCGGCGGCUUAGGGUCGACUCCACAACCUGCGACAACAGCAGCUUCUGGGUUUGGAAAUCCUGCAACGAGCAGCGCACCGCCGGGAGGAAGUGUAUUUGGACCUGGACCAACCAUCAAUCCAACCUCGCAAGCACCUUCAGGAGCUUCGCUCUUUGGCGCCAGUGCCUCGACUUCAGGGCCUGCUCAAAAUGGCAACACAGCUUACUUCGAUGCCAUCCUGGAGAAGAGUCGCAAGAGAGCGCAUGCCGAAAGCGUUGCAGAUGACCUCCCACAGCUUCAACUCGGUCUAGAAGAUCUUCGACAGCGAAUGAAGCGCGUGGGCACCGGCGCACGAGGGCAAGCUGCUGAUAGUCGAGCUCAUUACCUUCUUGCAGCUUCCGGAGUAAACCCUGGCGAUGCUCUUCGAGACCUCAACCACUUCACCGCAGCGACGGGCCGAGAACGACCACAGCCGCAAGAACCACAAGAUGUCGAUGUCGAGACCUACCUGACGAAUCUUCAAACUCAGACUACCUUGAGCAUGAUCUCCGAUGGCUUGGCGCGCUCCGUUCGAGACUUCGAUGCUUUCCUGGAAGACAAUGUGGAGAUGGAAUGGGAUGCACAACGUAGGAGAAUAUAUUCGCACUUUGGUAUCAGACCCAAAGAGACUACGGCUGCUGGGAAGGGGAGCUUUGCUGCAUCGGUUGGCGAGUCAAAUGGAGCAUUUGGUAGAUCAAGACGAAGCAAAGCCCCAAGCCUCACCGGCUCGCGGAUGAAUGGUUCUCCUGGUGGAAGCACGUUUGGGAGAUCUAAUCUCCAAAAAUCUGUCAUUGGAGCUGCUGGUCCCGUGGGAGCUGGUCACCAACCUCUAUUUGGGGAUGUCGAGAAGAAGAUGGAAGCUAGUAAUGUCACUGUCACUGGUCCUCAUGACCGAUUCCAGCGCGAAAAGGAGAGCAAAUAUGCUGAGAAGGUGCAAAAUCUCAACCUCGCGAGACUACAGAGACGCCCAUACCCUGUUUGCUCGGAAUUUGCAGAAGUCGUCAAUUUAUCACCCGAUCAGCAUGGCCCAGACCUGAUCAAAGCCUAUAGAGCUCUGAUGGAGAUUGUUGGUGAAGAUCCGGAAGCUAAGCAAUGGUCGGAGGAAAGAACCGCCAAGGAACGAAAAUACGCUGACGAUUACCUGGGCGACGACCCAGUCAAGGCGCUAAGCAUGAAGAAGAGAAUCCUUCGUGGUGGUGUUAGAUGUCUUGAGAAAUUGGCUUUCGAGAAGAUGGAGGAUGCGGUUACAAGAAAUCCCCGAGACGCAAAUGUUGGUGGCAUUCCGAACGUGAUCAACAAAGUCAAGGGAUAUGUCCGUCUACAAGCUGGAAAGAAGAACUUGGGUGGCGACAAUACAGACUUGCAGAUGCUAGGAGACGAUUAUGUCUGGGCUUUGGUGUACUUUCUUCUCAGAACCGGUCAUGUAGGAGAAGCUCUUGACUACGUGGAACAGAAUCAAGUCGCGUUUCGAGCCAUUGAUCGAAACUUCCAAGGAUACAUCAGAGCUUACUCUCAAAGCGAUGAUAGAAGACUCGACGAUGUUCUGCAACAACGCAUCAAUGGCGAGUACAAUCAGCGUCUUCGCAUUGCCCCGGAGAACUCUAUCGAUCCUUACCGAAUGGCAUGCUACAAGAUCAUCGGACGCUGUGAUCUCAGACAACGAUUCCUGGAAGGCAUCGAACAGAGCUUUGAGGAUUGGGCGUGGGUGCAGCUUGUUCUUGCACGAGAAAUCAAUCGAGUUGAUGCCAUGGCAAGCGAGAUCUUCGGCUUGAGCGAGGCUCAAAACACGAUGAGAGAAAUUGGAAGCCGCUAUUUCACAAAAGGUGGCGUGGAAGGCAACUCGUUCGGCGUCUACGUCUUUCUUCAACUUGCAUACGGCAUGUUUGAAGAUUGUGUUUCUUACUUAUACACGUACAACUAUGUCGACGGCGUGCAUCUAGCCAUUGCGUUGGACUUCUAUGGUUUGUUAAGAGUUGCAGAUCCAAAUGCAGGCAGUGAAGAUCUCCUGAGCUUGACCACUCGAGGACAACCUCAGAUCAGCUUCGGCACUAUGCUUGGUCUCUACACUCGGGAUUUCAGAGCUGCUGCUGUUAGCGCUGCUGUAGACUAUCUCGCACUGAUUUGUCUGAACAAAGACCUGACUGGCCAAGGCGGAAGAAAUCAAAUCAUGUUGUGCCAUGAGGCACUUCGAGAGCUUGUACUAGAGAGUAGAGAGUUCGCACUCCUACUGGGAGAUAUGCGAAAUGAUGGACAACGAAUUAGAGGUGUAAUUGAGGAGAGGAUGACUUUGGUAGGCUUGAAUGAGUCUGGUGAUUUCAUGCGAACUAUCACCUUGCAGGCCGCCAGCAUUGCAGACGACAACGGACGAGUCACAGAUGCUGUCUUGCUCUACCAUCUUGCAGGAGAGUACGAUAGUGUCAUCAAUACAAUCAACCGAGCACUCAGCGAAGCCAUUGCUGUCCCCAUUGGCCAAGAUCCUUUGCGAAUCGAGCCUUUGAAGGCACGUGCUGGAGUCAAUCCUCACGAACCUGAGCAAGGAACCGAAUCUAGCCUCACCUCCAUCGACGAUCCCGUUCAACUGGCAGAUACCAUGAGAGAGAUGUACGAGGCUCAAGCCAUGUUCUCCUCCAAAGUCAGAACUACAAACUGGGAAGCAAACCGGGCUCUGCUAAACAUGACGGUUGCAAAGAAUAAAGUCGAGCGCGCAGACUUUGCCGGUGCACUUGAUGAAAUUCGCAGACUUGCAAUCCUUCCAUUGGAAGCCAAUGGCAACCCAUCUCUCAUCCGAGACUGCGCAACCAAGUUCUCCAGUCUCUCACAAUCCGUUGCUCAGAACGUUCCGAAUCUGUUGAUGUGGGCAAUUCAUUGCGCAGAACAACAACGGAGGAGUUUGAUGAACAGUCAAUUUGGAGGAAACGAGGGUACGAGACUGGCAAUGAUCGAUGAGUUGAAGCAGAUGAACAUGGAUCUCAUGACUUAUACAAGUCAAUUGAGAUAUAGGUUCCCAGCAAGUAUUCAUGAGGCUCUUGCGAGGGCUCAGUCGGAAUGAGUUGGUAUUGGACUCUCGAGGAUUAAGCUAGAGACUUUGGAAUGAGGCUAUUGAGGUUUAGUGACAGAGAAUAUGAAGGACAUGCGUCCUGCAUGAGGAUAAUUGAGAUGAGAUGUAGAUACCCAGCAUAAGACCUUGACUAGAUGGCCAGUCAGAAGGCGGGUCGGUCUAGAAGUUCGGGAAAUUCUUUCUCUGUAUCAUAGUAACAAAAUGGAGGAAGAUAGAGAGGUGACGAAUGAUACCAUUUUGGC